AGUCUGUUGAAGAAGUAUGAAUUUCUUUCUACUGGAACUGCUAAAGGCCAUUUGUAAUGCAUUGUUCUCUGUCCUUUUGUCAGCAAAGGAGCUAUGGGACGGACAUUCCAUGUACUGACCGCAACCCCUCAGACACAAUUCCUGCCUCAGUUCAUAACUUGAGGCCAGCAGACAUUAAAGUUAUAGGCGCCCUUGGGGACUCAAUAACUGCAGGAAAUGGAGCGGGUUCUUCACCAAACAAUGUCCUAGAUGUUCUGACACAGUAUCGAGGCCUUUCAUGGAGUGUUGGUGGAAAUGAAAACAUAAGCACAGUCACAACAUUAGCAAAUAUUCUUCGUGAGUUCAACCCUUCUCUGUUAGGCUAUUCCAGUGGCAAAGGAAGCCAGAGCACAUCUAAUGCCUAUCUGAACCAGGCUGUGGCAGGAGCCCGUGCAGAAGGCCUCCCAUCUCAAGCUAGAAGGCUAAUAGACUUGAUGAAGACUGAUUCUAAAAUAAAUUUCCAAGAAGACUGGAAACUUGUAACACUUUUCAUAGGAGGGAAUGACUUGUGUGCUUGCAAAGAUCCUGUACUUUAUUCCCCUGAAAAUUUUUGUAAGAAUAUACAGGCUGCUUUGGACAUACUCCAUAAAGAGGUUCCUCGUACAUUUGUGAACCUGGUCUCCAUCCUUCACAUAGCAACUUUGAGGAAAUUGUAUCAAGACAAGAGAGUUUACUGCCCAAGACUCUCAUGAGAGCCAUGUACCAUUUUUCUCCUUUCCUAGCUGUGUACCUGUGUUUUGAACCCCAAUGAUAACUCAACUGAAAUUGAGAUGUUGGAGUUGUUUAACAAAAGAUAUCAGGAGGGAAUUCAUGGCUUAGUCAAGAGUGGAAGGUAUGACACGAGGGAAGAUUUCACAGUGGUUGUGCAACCGUUUUUUGAAGAAGCGAGAAUGCCUGAGACUCCGGAAGGGUUGCCCGAUUCCUCCUAUUUUGCCCCGGACUGCUUCCACUUCAGCCAGAAGGGUCAUUCCCAAGGUGCUCGGGCUCUGUGGAAUAACAUGCUGGAACCCCUUGGGGAGAAGUCAAAACUGCAAGCGCUUGAAAUGGUGAUAACCCUCAAAUGUCCAGAUCAGGCCCAGCCAUACUUAAUGACAUACCGGAACAGCAACUAUACCUACACCAGUGAGACCACUGCAGAUUAUGGAAGCCAGAUGCUGUGUGAGGAUAGAGCUCCAUCCAUCAACUUCCCUACUUCAGUGCAUAGCUUGAAACCAGCUGACGUGCAAGUAAUUGCUGCCCUGGGGGAUUCCUUGACUGCUGGUAAUGGCAUUGGAUCAAAACCAAAUGACCUGAUGGAUAUGAAUACGCAGUAUUGGGGGCUGGCUUGGAGCAUUGGAGGAGAUGCUUCAUUAAGGAAUGUAACAACUUUGCCCAAUAUCCUCCGUGAGUUCAAUGCUAACCUCACGGGAUAUUCGACUGGCACAGGAGACCUAAGAAAGCCAACUGCCUUUCUCAACCAAGCAGUUCCAAGAGCACCAGCUGAGAAAUUACCAGACCAAGUAAAGCACCUUGUGAAAUUAAUGAAAAACGACUCGAGAAUCAAUUUUGACACAGACUGGAAGGUCAUAACUGUAUUCAUUGGAGUCCAUGAUCUGUGCAACUAUUGCAAAGAUAUGGAUCACUAUUCAGCUGUAAACUUUUCAAGCCGUGUUCAAAAAGCACUUGACCUUCUUCAUGCAGAGGUGCCAAAAGCUUUGGUGAAUCUGGUGAAUGCAAUGGACCUUCUUCCUCUGAGACAACUGUUUCUGGAUAGCAGAUUGCCCUGCCCUGCCCAUCUAGCAGUAGAGAAUUGUGAGUGUGUUCUCACCGUUCAAGAAGGCUCACCAGAGCUGGUGAGGAUGAAGGAAGCAGUCCAAGCCUAUCAGAGCGGUCUGCAAAGCCUAGUGGAGACUGGCAAGUAUGACACACAAGAAGAUUUUACAGUAGUACUGCAGCCUUUCCUCCAAAGCAUCGUACUUCCGCUUCUACAGGAUGGGCGUCCAGACAUCUCCUUCUUUGCACCUGAUUGUUUUCAUCUCAGUCAAAAGUCGCAUUCCCAGCUUUCUCGGGCCCUCUGGAACAUAUGUGUAAAUCUCCUGGGUAACGAAGACCUUAUGCCAUUAAAGUAUAUUUUGCAUCUUCAACCUUUAGGGAAGAAAUCCAUUUCCUUCAACUUUACAGAUAAUGUAACCCUGAGCUGCCCAACUCUGCACCAACCAUUUAUGGGAACCUACAAGAACAGCAAUGGUACGCAUUCGCCUCUGGAGCCCACACAGAAACCAAGCCAGAGCUGGGGUAGCGAUCUGUCAUGCCUUGCACAGGCUCCAUCCCAAAAAGUCCCAACAUCAGUCCACAGGCUACAACCUUCUGACAUCAAAGUGAUAGCUGCCCUCGGCGAUUCUUUGACGGCUGCUGUAGGAGCCAAAUCAACUGGUUUGGAUGAUCUAACCACAGCUUGGUGGGGGCUUUCCUGGAGCGCUGGUGGUGAUGAAACCUUGGAGACUCACACAACCUUAUCUAAUAUUUUGAAAAAGUUUAACCCAACCCUCUCUGGCUUCUCCACUGGCACCCAGAAUGAAGCGCCCGGAUUCAACAUGGCAGUAGGAGGAGCCACCGCACAGAAUCUCCCAGCCCAAGCAAGAGGAUUGGUAGCACGAAUGAAAAACAGCUCAAGCAUCAACUAUAAGGAGGACUGGAAGCUAGUCACCAUUUUCAUUGGAGGCAAUGACCUUUGUAACUAUUGCUUAGACAAGGAGACCUAUUCAGUGGACAAAUAUGUAGAACACCUCCAGGACACCCUUGAUAUCCUUUACAAGGAGCUCCCUCGGGCUUUUGUCAACAUGGUGGAGAUAAUGGAACUCACUGGACUGCGUCAGAUAGAAAGGGAAGCAUCCGGAUGUGUUCUUUCAGGGGCGAGCCUUUGCCCGUGUUUUCUAAACCCCCAGGAAAACUCCCCUGAACUACAGGAAAUGAAAAGAAUUAACAGAGAUUUUCAGGAGAGAAGCGCAAGGAUGGUCAACAGCAGUCGCUACACGGAGCGGGAGGAUUUUGCCGUUGUUGUGCAGCCGUUUUUCCGAAACACCAUCAUGCCACUAGACAGUGAUGGGAAGCCAGACCUGAGUUUCUUUGCAGUGGAUUGCUUUCAUUUCUCGGAGAGAGGCCAUGCAGAGAUGGCCAUAGCACUCUGGAAUAAUAUGCUGGAGCCAGUUGGUCAUAAGCAGUCAUACAAUAACUUCACAUAUGCAAGGUCAAAACUCAAGUGCCCAACCUCGGAAAAUCCCUUUCUUUUCACCUCAAGCAACAGCAAAGCGCAGAGUUCAGGAAUCGAUGCAGAGAACAAUGGAGGCAAGGUGCCCUACUGGGCUGCGAUUGUGGCAGCAACAGCUGGAAUCUUGGCAGGAUCCCUCAUUGCCUGGGUGAUCACCACUCGGAGAGCCAGCAAACGCCCAUAUUCAGGAAACACAGCGACUGGAGAGAAAGUAACAACGUUUUGAAUUUGCACCUGCACCAAGGAGAUCUAACACAACAUCUACCUCCAGUAACAUGAGGAAAGCAGUAUGGGAGCUUAGCAGCAGCUUUUCACAUACUAUUUUUAAACAAAAAAAAAUCCAUCUAAAAGUGGGAGAAGGAAUAUCGGCUCAGACAUCAUGGUAACUGUUUGCAGACCAGAGCUUAGAAGAUGAGAUACAUAGGGAGAGCUUAUUAAAGCAAGAACAUUCCAAAUAUAUCGGCCCUCCCUGAUUUUAAAUAGGAUAUUUGUUAUUGUAAUGGAAACGUCAAGAUAAAGAAUGCUUCUAUAUGGUGAUUAAAUGGUCCGUGCAUUUUGCAUUCCCACUGAAGAUUCAUCCGCAAAUGUCAGGUUUGCUCUCUUAAUCCUGGCCUCUUAAAUGGCAUCUGGGAGCAUUUAGUGAAUACAAUAAUCAACAGUGUUACGAAUGAAGAGCUAUCAAUUCUAGAGUUGCCAUCCUGGCUUAAGAGUGAGCCAAAUAAAAGCCUUUCAAGAAGCCAACUUUUCCCAGUUUAUUUGUAUAGGCGGAGAUAGAAUCUCUUAGGUUAAAAUUCUCACAGGAAAUAUAUAGGAGAGCUAGCUUCCAAGAGGAAGAUAAAAAGGUCAAGCCAAUUAAUAUGUCUGUUU